AUGUCCCAAAUUGCCGAGACGAAUCUUACUGACCAGUUGGACAAUGAGGAAGUCCGUGAGAUACUCAAAAACACUACCGAUCUCCGGCAGUAUUCACGACAAAUCGAAAAAGAAUUCAAAGAGGUGGAGAACAAGAGUAUCGAAGACUACAUCAAGGAAUCGCAAAACAUUGCUGCCCUUCACAACCAGAUUGGAGAAUGUGACGAUGUCCUCGAACGUAUGGAGAAUAUGUUGAUGAAUUUCCAAAGUGUCCUCAGCAAUAUAAGUACGGAAAUAACACAGCUGCAAAAGAAGAGUGUCGCCAUGUCGGUACAAUUGACAAAUCGUCAAUCGGUUAAGGCCCAGCUGUCACAAUUCAUUGAAGACAUGGCGGUGUCGGAGGAAAUGAUAAUGUCCAUUAUGGAGACGCCAGUGACGGAAAAGGAAUUCGAAAAACAAUUGAACAUUUUAAAUCAUAAGCUAUCGCUGGUCAAAGAGUUGAGUUUUAAAGAAUCCAAAGCCACUGCAGAUGUGGCAGAUGUUUUGCAUAAAUUGCGGCUGAAGGCUAUGUCGAAAAUUCGUCAAUAUAUGCUGGAGCAAAUUUAUAAGUUCCGGCGACCCAUGACAAACUAUCAGAUACCACAGAAUGCUAUGUUGAAACAUAAAUUCUUCUUUGAAUUUGUGUUGUCUAAUGAGCGGCAGGUGGCCCAGGAGAUAUGUAAUGAGUAUAUCGAUACGAUGAGUAAGAUCUAUUAUAGUUAUUUUAAGAGCUAUUCAUCCCGCCUGGCUGGUUUGAAAUUUGAAGAAUCCUGUACUAAAGAUGAUUUAAUGGGAAUUGAAGAUAAUGUCUCGAAGGGCCUGUUUGCCAAGACUACCAGUUUGAAACAUAAGAGUACAAUUUUCACCAUUGGCAAGCGAGGUGAUAUUCUGAAUCAACAGCUAGAGGCUCCCAUUAUUGUUCCGCACGCUCAAAUGAAAAAUAGGUACACCUUUGAGGCACUUUUCCGUUCCGAACAAUACGCCCUCGUUGAUAAUGCCUGUCGUGAAUAUUUAUUCGUAACGGAAUUCUUUAUGGUACGUGGUGCCCAAGCCCAGGAUCUCUUCAAUCAAAUUAUGGGCAAAACCUUGACAUUGAUGAUUAAAAAUUUGGAAACCAGUAUUCAAGAUUGCUUCGAUACCAUAGCUAUGUUCCUCUGUAUCCAAUUAAUAUUCCGCUAUCAAUUGAUGUGCCACAAACGAUGUGUACCUGCAUUGGAUAAAUAUUGGGAUUCAUUGCAGGCGGUAUUUUGGCCCAGGUUUGAACAUGUAUUCCGUUUGAAUAUACAAAGUAUACGAGAUUGUGAUCCAACAAAAUUUAGCAAAGAAAUGGGACCGCACUAUAUAACCCGCCGCUAUGCUGAAUUCUCUGCAGCCAUAGUGGGCAUCUCAGAACAUUUUCCCAAUGAAUUGGUUAGUCGCCUCCUGCUCGAGCUACAAAAUGAAGUUGAAUGCUUUAUUCUACGUAUGGCUGCCAUAUUUCCCAAUCGUAAAGAACAGCUAAUCUAUUUAAUAAAUAAUUAUGAUCUCGUCCUGGGUGUCCUUAUGGAACAUACACGUGAUAACUCCAAAGAAGCAUCAGCAUUCCGGGAACAAUUAAAUGCUCGCAGCGCCGAAUAUGUUGAAGAAAUUAUUGCACCGCAUUUUGGUGGUAUUAUACAAUUUGUUAAAGAAUGUGAACCACUGUAUGAAAAGGAACAACUUGAAGAGAUCCGAAAACAGGAACGUAGAAGUUUGGCAUUGGUUGCUAGUUUUUCAUCAAGUUGGAAAAAAUCCCUAGAAGAAUUAAAUCGUGAAGUAUUAUUAUCAUUCCCCUCGCUACUGACCGGGUCACAGUUAUUGCAAUUGGCCUUGGCUAGUUUAGUGCAAUAUUAUCAUCGUUUCCAUAAACUACUGACACCAAAUGCCCGUGCCCAAUUGACAAAUAUCCAUGUGGUUAUGGUUGAGAUGAAAAAAUAUAAAUGUAAUUAUUAAGA